CAACACACACUUUCUUUUAUAAACCCACUGCCUAUUUGCCCUUCUCUAAUCAUCUCUCUCUCUCUCUCUCUCUCUGCGAUCGCGGAAGAAGAAUUGACAGAUCCCUUAUCUCUCACUCUAAACUGUCUCUUCUUCUUCGAUCUGCACAGAAUCUUGAACUCUGAAUCUCGAUUCGUCAUUCUCUUGAAAUUCUAUUGUUGAAAUCAAACGGUGAAAAGAGGACGCGAUGGCCAGUGUUACUAACACCCACCACCAAGACAGCAACCCUAACACCCCGGUCGCCGCCGCCGCUCCGCCCAAGCAGACUGUUCCCACCGCGAAAACCGUUGAUACUCAGUCCGUUUUGAAAAGAUUGCAAUCCGAGUUAAUGGCCCUAAUGAUGGGAGGUGAUUCUGGGAUAUCCGCAUUCCCCGAGGAAGACAACAUUUUUUGCUGGAAAGGGACAAUCAGUGGCAGCAAAGAUACCGUCUUUGAAGGAACAGAAUACAAGCUGUCGCUGUCCUUUCCCUCCGAGUAUCCUUUCAAGGCUCCCAAGGUCAAAUUCGAGACAUCUUGCUUCCAUCCUAACGUCGACGUUUAUGGGAACAUAUGCUUGGACAUAUUACAGGAUAAAUGGUCAUCGGCCUAUGAUGUUAGAACUAUAUUGCUGUCGAUCCAGAGUUUGCUUGGAGAGCCCAACAUAAGUUCACCACUUAAUACCCAGGCAGCAGCGCUUUGGAGCAACCAAGAAGAGUACAGGAAAAUGGUGGAGAAAUUGUAUAAGCCAAUGGUUUGAAAGUUUGUCGUUGGGGAUUGGUGUUUAGCUGUUAGGAUUGAUUGAAACUGAAUGUUUUACUGCCAAGUUACGUUUACUUAAUUUUUUUCAUAUGCUAAGUUCGCUUAUUCUUUUAAUGUUGUAGAACAAUGUACCCUGUCAGACUUUACAGUGAAUUGUUGAAAAAGAUGUCUAAA